UGCAAGUAUCAGAUUCUCAGUCUCUCACACUUGCCCAUAGACUAAAAAAUGGCCAUCGCCCUCAAAACCUUCGUCGGACUCCGCCAAGCCUCGCCGGAGAACCACCACUCUAUCACCCUAUCAAAGCCCAUUUCCACCCAACCCACACACCGGAGAUUCCGCAUCGCAGCAGGAAAAUUCAGCCCCAAACUCACUGGCCGGAACCUCCGAGUCGCCGUCGUGGGCGGCGGACCCGCCGGUGGCUCAGCCGCCGAAACGCUUGCUAAAGGCGGCAUCGAGACUUUCUUGAUCGAGCGGAAGCUCGACAACUGCAAGCCAUGCGGUGGGGCCAUACCCCUCUGCAUGGUCGGAGAAUUCGACCUCCCAUUGGACAUCAUCGACCGGCGAGUCACCAAGAUGAAGAUGAUCUCGCCGUCGAACGUCGCAGUCGACAUCGGCCAAACCCUCAAGCCCCACGAGUACAUCGGCAUGGUCCGCCGUGAAGUCCUCGACGCCUACCUCCGCGACCGCGCCACCGCCUCCGGCGCCACCCUCAUCAACGGCCUCUUCCUCAAAAUGGACAUACCCAAAACCCCAAACUCCCCUUACCUCCUCCACUACUCCGGCUACGACUCCAAGACCGGCGGCGUCGGCGAGCGGCGCACGUUAGAGGUCGACGCCGUGAUCGGCGCCGACGGCGCCAACUCCCGCGUCGCCAAGUCCAUCUCCGCCGGUGACUACGAGUACGCCAUUGCAUUCCAAGAGCGAAUCAAAAUACCAGAUGAAAAAAUGAUUUACUACGAGAACCUCGCCGAAAUGUACGUCGGCGAUGACGUCUCACCGGACUUCUACGGAUGGGUUUUCCCAAAAUGCGACCAUGUCGCCGUCGGCACCGGCACAGUGACCCACAAAGGCGACAUAAAGAAGUUCCAAUUGGCAACAAGGUUGAGAGCUAAAGACAAAAUUUUGGGAGGCAAAAUUAUAAGAGUGGAAGCACACCCAAUUCCGGAACACCCCCGGCCGAGGAGGGUGGCGGAUAGGGUGGCGCUGGUGGGGGACGCGGCCGGAUACGUGACCAAGUGUUCCGGGGAGGGGAUAUAUUUUGCGGCGAAGAGCGGGCGGAUGUGCGCGGAGGCGAUAGUGGAGGGGUCGGAGAGGGGGAAGAGAAUGGUGGAGGAGGGAGAUUUGAGGAGCUAUUUGGAGAAGUGGGACAAGACAUAUUGGCCAACUUAUAAGGUGUUGGAUGUGUUGCAGAAGGUGUUUUACCGGUCGAAUCCGGCUAGGGAGGCUUUCGUGGAGAUGUGCGCCGACGAGUAUGUGCAGAAGAUGACAUUCGAUAGCUAUUUGUACAAGAGGGUGGUGCCUGGGAAUCCAUGGGAGGACUUGAAGUUGGCUGUGAAUACCAUUGGGAGCUUGGUGAGGGCUAAUGCUCUUAGACAGGAGAUGGAUAAGAUUAGCGUAUGAGGGAGUGUAUUUGACUAUGAUGAGUUUAGGCACAAGCACUAAGCACAAGCAUUGUUGUAAUCUUAAAUUUUCUUUCUAGUGUUACUUAUGUAAGUGGAGGUAUGUUGAUUUUGUCAACACAGAUCAUUAAUGUCAAUUUUUUUUAGGUUUUGUAAA